AUGAGCUCCCUCCGCGGGGCACAGCGCGGCGGGCCCGGCUGCCCCGGGCAGCUGCGGCUGAAGGCGGAGGCCGGUGUCCAGGCUCCGUCCUGGCUGGCCGGAGAUUGCAGCAAGGAACUAUGUGGACAGUUAAUGUGUAGAUUUCUCUUCUCAGAUAAUCUCUUGGGAAUUUCCUGGGUUGACAGCUCCUGGAUUCCAAUAUUAAACAAUGGGAGUGUGUUGGACUAUUUCUCAGAGCGAAGUAACCCAUUCUAUGACCGAACAUGUAACAAUGAAGUUGUCAAAAUGCAGCGGAUGACCUUGGACCAUUUGAACCAGAUGGUUGGAGUGGAGUACAUCCUUCUUCAUGCUCAAGAACCCAUUCUCUUCAUUAUCCGGAAACAGCAAAGGCAAUCUCCAACACAAGUUAUUCCAUUGGCUGACUACUAUAUUAUUGCUGGAGUGAUUUAUCAGGCACCUGACUUAGGGUCUGUCAUUAACUCCAGAGUUCUCACUGCAGUGCAUGGAAUUCAGUCUGCUUUUGAAGAAGCUAUGUCCUACUGUCGCUAUCACCCAUCCAAGGGCUACUGGUGGCAUUUCAAAGAUCAAGAAGAACGAGAGAAAGCUAAACCAAAAGCCAAGAAGAAAGAAGAACCAAGUUCUAUUUUCCAAAGGCAACGGGUAGAUGCUUUGCUUUUAGACCUAAGACAAAAGUUUCCACCCAGAUUUGUUCAGCAAAAGCCUGGAGAAAAACCUAUCCCAGUGGAUCAAAUCAAGAAGGAACCAGAACCAGCCCCUGAAGCUGUCAAGACAGAGGAAAAAGAGACUGUAAAGAAUGCUCAGCAGAGUGCUGGUGCUAAAGGACCACCUGAAAAACGGAUGAGACUCCAGUGAAGGCAGAAGUUGUUACACAUCUGGAUUAGUCAGUACCUGGAAAACAGGAGAUUCUUGCUCCCCUUUCUUUAUAUUUAAGGUCUUCAACUGAGACUGAUGAUUCAGGGACUGAAGUCCCUGUAACAGCUUUUUUCUGUAGAAACCUGUCACGCAAAUGUUAAUGUGAGGAUGUGAGCUGCCUCAAAGAAGGUGUUUUCAGUCUUCAUCUUGAGUGUUGGCUUCUGAGAACGGUUUCUACAUGGACAUAUUUUGCAGCCUCCUGAAAUCUUUGCAAACUCUUGCAUCCCUUGUGUCUUGGUUUCCUAUGCAAAAAGAAAAACUUUUAUAUUAAAAAAAAAAUCUGAAUUCUUGGCAAAUAAAACUCCUGGCUGCUGGAA